GUUCAACUUUAACCCCAUCAUGUCCUUCGGCAGAGACAUGGAGCUGGAGCACUUUGACGAGCGGGAUAAGGCGCAGAGGUACAGCAGAGGGUCGCGGGUGAACGGGCUGCCCAGCCCCACGCACAGCGCCCACUGCAGCUUUUACCGAACCCGCACGCUGCAGACCCUCAGCUCCGAGAAGAAGGCCAAGAAAGUUCGUUUCUAUCGAAACGGCGAUCGAUACUUCAAAGGGAUUGUGUAUGCCAUCUCCCCAGACCGGUUCCGGUCUUUUGAGGCCCUGCUGGCUGAUUUGACCCGAACUCUGUCGGAUAACGUGAAUUUGCCCCAGGGAGUGAGAACAAUCUACACCAUUGAUGGGCUCAAGAAGAUUUCUAGCCUGGACCAACUGGUGGAAGGAGAGAGUUAUGUGUGUGGCUCAAUUGAACCCUUCAAGAAACUGGAGUACACCAAGAAUGUGAACCCCAACUGGUCUGUGAACGUCAAGACCACCUCGGCGUCCCGGGCGGUGUCGUCACUGGCUACUGCCAAAGGGAGCCCUUCAGAGGUACGGGAGAAUAAGGAUUUCAUUCGACCCAAGCUGGUCACCAUCAUCAGAAGUGGGGUGAAGCCACGGAAAGCUGUCAGGAUUCUGCUGAACAAGAAGACUGCUCAUUCCUUCGAGCAGGUUCUCACUGACAUAACCGACGCCAUCAAGCUGGACUCGGGAGUGGUGAAACGCCUGUAUACCCUGGAUGGGAAACAGGUGAUGUGCCUUCAGGACUUUUUUGGUGACGAUGACAUUUUUAUUGCAUGUGGACCGGAGAAGUUCCGUUACCAGGAUGAUUUCUUGCUAGAUGAAAGUGAAUGUCGAGUGGUGAAGUCCACUUCUUACACCAAAAUAGCUUCGUCCUCCCGCAGGAGCACCACCAAGAGCCCAGGACCUUCCAGGCGCAGCAAGUCCCCUGCAUCGACUAGCUCAGUUAAUGGAACCCCUGGUAGUCAGCUCUCCACUCCGCGCUCGGGCAAGUCGCCAAGCCCCUCCCCCACCAGCCCAGGGAGCCUGCGGAAGCAACGGAGCUCUCAGCAUGGUGGCUCCUCCACUUCUCUCGCGUCCACCAAAGUCUGCAGCUCGAUGGACGAGAAUGACGGACCCGGAGAAGGUGAAGUGUCGGAGGAGGGCUUCCAGAUUCCAGCCACGAUAACGGAACGGUAUAAAGUCGGAAGGACAAUAGGAGACGGGAAUUUUGCUGUUGUCAAGGAAUGCGUAGAGAGGUCGACUGCUAGGGAGUAUGCCCUGAAAAUUAUCAAGAAAAGCAAAUGCCGAGGCAAAGAGCACAUGAUCCAGAACGAGGUGUCUAUCUUAAGGAGAGUGAAGCACCCCAACAUCGUUCUUCUGAUUGAAGAGAUGGAUGUGCCAACCGAACUGUACCUUGUCAUGGAAUUGGUAAAGGGCGGAGACCUCUUCGAUGCCAUUACUUCCACUAACAAAUACACCGAGCGAGACGCCAGUGGGAUGCUGUACAACCUGGCUAGCGCCAUCAAGUACCUGCAUAGCCUGAACAUCGUGCACCGCGACAUCAAGCCAGAGAACCUGCUGGUAUAUGAACACCAAGAUGGCAGCAAGUCACUGAAGCUGGGCGACUUUGGACUGGCCACCAUUGUGGAUGGCCCCCUGUACACAGUCUGUGGCACCCCAACAUAUGUGGCUCCAGAAAUCAUCGCAGAGACCGGAUAUGGCCUCAAGGUGGACAUCUGGGCAGCUGGUGUAAUCACUUACAUCCUGCUGUGUGGUUUCCCUCCGUUUCGUGGAAGUGGUGAUGACCAGGAGGUGCUUUUUGAUCAGAUUUUGAUGGGGCAAGUGGAUUUUCCUUCUCCAUACUGGGAUAAUGUUUCUGAUUCUGCAAAGGAGCUCAUCACCAUGAUGCUGCUGGUCAAUGUCGAUCAGCGAUUUUCAGCCGUGCAGGUCCUCGAGCAUCCCUGGGUGAACGAUAGUGGCCUCCCAGAAAAUGAACAUCAGCUGUCAGUAGCUGGAAAGAUAAAGAAGCAUUUCAACACGGGCCCCAAGCUGAAUAGCACAGCAGCAGGAGUUUCUGUCAUAGCAACCACCGCUCUUGAUAAGGAGAGGCAGGUUUUCCGACGAAGACGCAACCAGGAUGUGAGGAUCCGGUGCAAGGCCCAGCCAGCUCCGCCCGAAGUCCACUCCGAAUCCGAAGACUACUCCCCAAGCUCGUCUGAGACUGUGCGCUCCCCAAACUCGCCCUUUUAACGAGACCCUUUUACUCGAAGUCCUAGCUUAACCCUUUGAGACUCUGAGGUUAUUUUUCCAAAUUUAUGUAAAGCAGUUUCGUCUGAUCUAUCCAGCACUCAGUGCUGGAAUGGCAGAACAGAAAGUGUGUUUUCUGGUAACUUUGUAGCAAUUUCCCUUUGCUGAAUGAGAUGAUGACAUGUUGUUGUUUGUGAAGAUGGCAACUUGCUGCUAAUAGGGUCCUCAAAGGGUUAAGGCUACUUUGCAACUUUUUUAAACUUAAAAGCAAUGAAUGUUUUCAUCAGUCGAGCUAGGAUCUGCAGUAUGUAAUAUAGCACAUGUUAACCCUCUGAGUGCAUAGGAUUUCAUGGAGAACGCUUGGGGAAUUUUCAGGCCUUUGGAUGUGUAUGCACAUGUCUUGAUUUUGCUGCAGAUCAAGGGGUGUUUUUAGAUGCUGAGAUGUCCUGACAAGAAGGGCAUCUGGGACCAUAUCUCGCUUGCCCUUUUCUGUGGGUGGAGAACGUGGCAGGUUUAUAACUUAAGCAUAAUCACCCCCUUUUUCUUCUUCACAAUCUUAAUAAGAAAGGGACUUUUUUCGUUAGAGGCAUGACUGUCAGCUGCCGUGAGUCCUGCAUGCGAGCGGAGGGAACUGGGUCUGUGGCCCAAUGAAAGAGAUGGUGCUUCCUCCCCCGAAUUAUCUCCACAUGAAGAUGUGCUGAUGACGCCCCAGAAAUGCUGCUUCCACAUCAGCUGCUGCUAGUGCCAGUGCAGACCCUUGGGAAGUCACAUACCUUGUCUCGUGCUUGGUGAGGGAGGGUCUGCCUGCUCAAUAUGAGACAUCUACAGGAAAUAAACAACCAGUGGAAAAGAGCAAUAAAUCGCCAGGUGCUCUAUAGGGCUAGAAUUUCAAACAGAAAGAGGAAAUAAGAUCCCGUUCUUUUUCUCACCUGCUUUUUCAUCCACUGCAGUCUUCAGUGUGAAAUCCACAUAGAGUAUUAAAUCCACACGUAGGAGCUCCGGGGCACAGGGAGCCAGAGGCGAGUGCUUUGCAAGAUGGCUGAGGAGAAAGCACAGUGAGAAAACAAUCCGGAAUGUUCCAAAAAAUGAGUUUUAAGGAAAUCAAUCACUGGUAAAAUAAUUUCAUGUGUACCUUUAGGUUACCUGCACAUAGUCUCCCAGGAAGAACAGGGUAGGAGACGUAGAAGAUCCCCCUGAGGAUAAAGCUUACUUUCCCCAAGGUGACCUUUUUAUGCCCCCAUCUUUAGCUCUGCAGAGGGACAUGUUUUUCUCUCUGUGGGAUGAGUCCUGUCUGCCUCCUACCUGUAUUUUCACUCCUGUUACCAGGUCUUUCUCCCUAGCCCUGUGUCUCCAUGGAGUUUCUUCUGGAAUGUAUCGCAUUCAGAAUGGGGCUUCUCCUACGGUACUGCAAUGCUUAGGGCGUCUUGGGGGCAGGGGCCCGACUCAGAUAUCUCCUGCUAAGGUUUGCUUGGCACUGUGACCCAGGAGACAGUCGGUGUCUCAUAAAAUUUGCAUCUGGGAGAUGGAACAGCACUUAUUGUCCCUGUUUUGAAUCUUCUUAAAUAUCUGAAGGUCUUCAACCUUUCUAGUCACUUCUUCAUUUUCAAGAAUACAUCAGUCUUCAGUUGCUGCUGUCUACCCUCCAGCUCAUAAACUGUGGGCUAUAUUAAUAUAAAUUUUAAGAUAGUAAUAUGUCACGACUUUUGCAACAUAGUACCCCCAAUAUUUUUGCUCUUCCACUUUUAAAUUUAUUUCUUUGGUCUGUGUCGCCCUGACAUGUAAGUGGUAGAUUAUUUAUUGAGAGUUUUCCCCCUUUUAGAGAGUCCUGAAAUGAUAGCACGCAACAUCGCAGAGUAGCACAAAUCAGUCUGUUUUUUGACGUGGGUGGGGAGACAGAACACCAGAAAGGGCGUUGGUGUGUAGGCAGAUUCCACAUUAAUGAAGUGCCCUGAACUGAUCAGAAAUCACUGCUUUCUCUAGAACUGUGAAGCAAAGCACUAGUCUAAGUAACACCAAAGAGUCACCAUUGAGCUUGGCCUCAACUCUAAAUGAGUGAAUAUGAAGAAUGCUAUGGGCAGAGACCUCGCUGCAGUAGACUGUCGCUUUCCUUUCUUUCUCUGAUGACUGCUUUUCCCAUGUGCGUUACAUGUACUGCUACAGCAUCUAGUGCACAGAGCUUGCGGUGCACAGCUCAGGCCUUUUUCAUCCAAGUCUCGGGAGACUGUGAACCAUGCCAAGCUGUGGCGGGCAGCUCGGAAGGACGCAUGGCCCAUGCAGCAUGGGGAGUGCAGUGCGUCGCUGUAGAAUUCGAGCGAUCUAUGCUGAAUAAAUAGUGGAAUGUGUCCUGUCAAUAGAAAUAUUGAGUGAUCAGAGGGAAUGCAAUCUUUUCAGCAUCCAGCUAUCGGGAUCCUGAAUGUCGGAGGUGUACUCAGAGGGUUAACAGACAAGCACAAGGCAUGCCGAUUACGUUGGUGUAUCCAGACUGCUUUGCUUUUAGCCAGUGCUUUCUAAUUUUUUCAUGACAUUCUUGGGAUAGUUCAAGUUUGAAAUAAUUAAGUGGUGGUGUUCUUUAAGGAAUUUCUAUAAUCAAAUUGAUCUUAUUUUUUUUUUCACUUUAUCAUCGAAUAAAUAUGUACCAUUACGGCAGUGUAUCUCUGUAACUAUCAAUUUAAUCAUUGCCACGAGUAUUUCCAUAUUUUUUUUCUAAGUAUUUAAUAUAGCUCUCAUGGUAGUGGCCUGGUGAUGGGGACUGUCUUUCCUUUAUUGAUACAUGACCGACCAUGUGGUAUUUUCAAGGGAAUUUUAAGAUUCAGCUUUUUAGUUCAAUAAUAGACUAGUUAAGAAAGAACAUUUUCAUUACUUGCAUUGUGUAAAUCAUCUCUGUAGAUGAGAACUGUUCAUAUCGAUGAACAUGUUUUUUUUUUUGACAUUGUAGCAGAAAUCACUUUAUUCAUCAUAAUCAAUGACUAUGUGAUUGCUCCGAAUCGUUAGAAGGAAAAGUAAGAUUUCAGUCAUUGAAAAUGUUUUUACCGUAGCCCUCAUCUAACUUACACAUGGUGCAUAUUAAAAUAAGCAGAGAAAAAAAUGCAAAUAAACUACUGAAAAUGCUUGGUGUUUUGUAUUCAGUGAGCCCCUUGUCCAACCUGCUCAGCACCCCCUGGGGUGUGGUUAAUAGGCCCGUCAGAUAUUGCUGAAAGAAAGCAGUAUAUACAUGAAUGAAGGCUAAAAUUGCAAUCCUUUACCCUUUGAGGCAUAUUUCAGUUGGAAAAAAAACGAGGAAAGAAAAAUUGGCUUAGCUUAGAGGGUCACCGAGCUACCGUGGGACCAAGGCGGGCGCAUUAAAUCACGGUCGUUUGCUGGCCCAGGGCACCUGCUCGGCCAACAACUCUGUCACCUGCACGGGGCAGUGCGUUUGCACUGCAGGGAGAGCUCUCAAUAUUAUUGUGUUGCCUGCUGGCCCUUCUCAGGGUACGAAUCUGUCAGCAUUGCUGUGAUAAACUUCUAUUUUCAAAGGUUUUUAAUUUGACCAUAAAAAGAUGCCCUAGGCUGGUUUGCUCUAUAGGGCUUGUACCAAGAGUGAAGGUGCACCUCCCUCUCUUCUCUGCCCAAUUCUCCCGAGAAGAAAAACAACAACAACAGCAACAAAAUCUGGUCUAUCUUCUCCUUCGUUAUCAUUUCAGAAUUUUGGAAAGCACCAAGAGCCAAGAUGGUAGUUUUAAUGUAAUUAUUCAUUUGGACGUGGGUUUAAAAGAAUAAAUAAAUAAUGAGUCACCCGGUAUAUAUGGUAGAUAACAUAUCUUUUCUAUAAUUUAUCAGUCAUUAAUUUUUAAAACUGCUAUGUGACUUUUUUUUGGUCCAAUCAAAGAUUUUUAAAAACUUGAAGUUGGUCAGUCAAAAGGUUAGCCUUUUCUGCGUGUUGCCUGCCAUUCGCAUUAGGACUUUGGGACAAACACUCUCAGGCAGACCCUAACUUUGCAUGCAGAUACUUGCUUCUUUUGGAGAUAUUAAUUUCUUUAUUUAAUCAUCGAGUUUCAUGAAGCCAUUCUAGUCUGUUGGAGGGAAACAGUGAUUAAAAGCACUUCCGAAAUUAACAUUUUUGUCAAUUUAGAUAUGAUAACAAGAGUGCAAAUUAGCAAGCAUACUUUAAACAUUUUUUGUUUAAAGGCAAACAAAUCAGCAAAACUUGGGGACACAUUAACACUUGUUCCCUGCAAAUGUGCUUUUAAAAUUGGCUCAGUGGUGCUUUAUACAUAAAACAGUGACAAAUGGGAUCCCAAAGACUGUCAGAGGAAUCUUUAAUUUGCGUGUACUUACACACUUGAGGUGGAGGCGCUUUUAAACCAGUCUUAGUUUUGAAUCAUCUCAAAUGUGCAACCAUCCAUUGAGUACUAUUAAGGGUCUCAAACGGCGGGAAACAGGAAAUUCAGUGUAGAGGCUUAGAAUGCCUUUGUUUGGGGCGCCCACCCCACCUUUUGUUGUUGUUGUUGUUGUUGGGCUUCAACACUGAAGCCAUGGUGAUCGUUUUUCGGUGAGGGAGCUUCUAACUGGCAGGUAUUCUGAUCAUGAGGUUUGCAACAUCUUGCCCUUGGAGACAAGCGAGAUGUCUCAGUUCAUCCUUUUCCCCUAAAGGAAGAGCUGUCUCUACAUUUAAACCACAUCUAUCAAUUUCCUCAACAUUUUUUUUUUUUUUGGUCAACUGAAGUGAGACCCUUAAUGUUGCUUUAAUGUAAAAUUGUAUAUUUUUGUCUGUGAUAUACUUCAUUAGUUUAAAGUAAAUAAUAGUUCUACAAGCCUUCACUGUCGGUUUUAAGAGAAAGGAGGACUUGAAAAGUGAUCAUAAAGAUGCUAUAAUGCCAAUUCAUUCCAGUCCGACCGAUGUGGUAAGAAAAAGACCUUGGAUAGUUCUCUAGGGACAAUUUCUCACUUGCCAUUGACAUUAACCUUUGAUGUAUUCUCAGAAAAAAUAAAAAGAAAUUGAAACCGGUCCAAGGUUAGAGUCCUAUCCUCGAUAACUUUUUAAAAAUUUUUAUUAGGAAAUGAAUAAUCGCCUUUUUCAUUCUGGCUGAAAGAAAAUUAUUAAAGGAUUAGUUGAGUGUGAAAUUAAAUAAUAUUUUGCUCAUGCAUACUAAAAAGGCGGGCUAGGCACUUGACGCAUUUAAACAAGUUUCUGAAUGGUUUCAAUUUGGUGCAAGAAAAAAAGUUCAAUGUUUCCUUUGAAAAUACUGAAUUUAUCAAUUGCUGCAUGGAUCAGAUGGCAUAGGUUAAUCUUUGAUUUUCGGAAUCUUAACAAAAUAACUUUGAAACGAUUUGUAUUCAUGAUUAAAGCUGGAAUGAGAUCCAAUUUUUUCCUAAUCUCUCAGUUUAAGCUAAUAAAUGUAGGUUAAUGUGGAAUGAAAUCAUCUGUGAUAUAUUAUGUUCAUUUAUCAACUGAGCUUUUUUGAUGUUGCCUGUUUUAUGUAAAACAUGUUCUUAAAAUUAAUAAAAUAAUAGUACUUGGUGUAUGAACUA